CUGUCUGGCAUCCGGUAUAACUCGAGGCGUGGGCCCUCUCUAUCAAUAGCCCAGCCUAUCGCAACGGUUUUGGCGACCCGCGCACGCUGGCUUCGUGCCUCGCCGGUGUCGUCAUCGCGGCCUCUUUGAAUCGCCGAUCGUCGCAGCUCCUUUUGGGCACGCUAUCGCGCGGAACAAACGACCAUGGCGGCGCAAGUGGAGCCCCCGAAGCCGCACCAGGUGUACGCCGUCCACGCCAACACCCUGCUCGAGCAUCUCAGCACUCUGGACGUAAACCAGUCGGCGUCGUUCGUCCGACUGACUGGAAUCAUCUGCACCAUCGGUCCCGCAUCAAGAGAUGUGAAGAUGUUGGUGAACAUGAUGAAGGCCGGCAUGAAUGUUGCCAGGUUGAACUUCUCACACGGUACUCACGAGUACCACGAGGGCACCAUCAAGAAUAUUCGUGAAGCAGAGCGCUUGCUGAACGAAGAAAUCAAGCCGGAUUCUCGCCACACUGCCAUUGCCCUGGACACCAAGGGCCCAGAGAUUCGCACGGGCCUUCUGCUGGGCGGUCCAUCAGCAGAAAUUGAACUGAAAAAGGGUGAGACCAUCACACUGACUACGGACCCUGCUUUCUAUGAGAAGUGUGAUGAGAACACACUCUAUGUGGACUACGUAAACAUCACUAAGGUACUGAGCGUAGGAAGCAAGAUCUUCAUUGAUGAUGGCCUCAUCUCUCUCACUGUCAAAGAGAUUGAUAAUGACAAGUUGGUCUGCAACAUCGAGAACGGAGGCUUGCUCGGAAGCAAGAAAGGUGUGAACUUGCCAGGAGCCAUGGUUGAUCUUCCUGCAGUGUCCGAGAAGGACAUGGCUGACCUGCAGUUCGGUGUGGAACAAGGGGUGGACAUGGUUUUUGCUUCGUUCAUCAGAAAUGCUCAGGGUGUGAAGGAAAUCAGAAAAGUCCUUGGUGAAAGAGGAAAGGACAUCAAGAUCAUAUGCAAGAUUGAGAAUGACGAAGGUGUUCGCAAGAUUGAUGAAAUCCUUGAUGUAACUGAUGGCAUUAUGGUGGCCCGGGGUGACCUUGGAAUAGAAAUUCCGGCUGAGAAGGUGUUUCUGGCUCAGAAAAUGAUGAUUGCCAAGUGCCAAAUGAUUGGCAAGCCAGUCAUUUGUGCCACUCAGAUGUUGGAGAGCAUGACACACAAGCCACGCCCGACACGUGCCGAAGCAUCCGAUGUGGCCAAUGCAGUUCUUGAUGGCGCCGACUGCGUGAUGCUGUCGGGAGAGACUGCCAAAGGCGAUUACCCACUGGAAACGGUGUCAAUGAUGGACAGGAUCUGCGUUGAGGCAGAGUCCGCAUUCUACCAGAAGGAUGUCUUCAUCCAUCUGUCGCACAUCGCACCCUGCCCCACGGAUGGCACCCACACCAUUGCCAUCGCUGCUGUCAGUGCAUCUAUCAAGUGCCUCGCUUCUGCAAUCAUUGUGAUCACUACCACUGGCAGGACUGCCCAUUUGAUGGCAAAGUACCGACCUCGGUGCCCCAUCUUGGCAAUCUCUAGAGUGGAGCAGACCAUUCGGCAGUCUCAUCUCUACAGGGGUAUUCUGCCAUUGCUUUACCAGGGCGAACGUUGCGCUGACUGGCCAAUGGAUGUUGAUGCCCGCAUUGAGUACGCCCUGGAGAUAGGCAAGCUGCGUGGUUUUCUUCGCAAGGAUGAUGCUGUGAUCGUUGUGACCGGUUGGCGAAAGGGCGCUGGAGCCACCAACACCCUGCGUGUUGUGUAUGUCCCUGAAAACAGACUUUACGAGGGUAUUGAGGGAGAAAAUGCGGGUUGAUCCAGAUCCAGCUCUGCCUGCUUCCAGACCAUGCAUGCUCAACAAAAUCUCAAAUAAAUGCAAAAGUAUUUAUUCC